UUUGCGAAUGCUCGUUGCGGUCGCUGCGACUGGCAAAAAGCGUGAAAAGCGUGAAAAGUGUGAAAAGUGUGAAAAGCGUGAAAAGUGUGAAAAGCGUGAAAAGCGUGAAAAGCGUGCAAAGCGUGUGUAUGGGUGUGUGUGCGCAGGACAACUGCCAGCAAUCGAGCUACCCUAUGUGAUACCCUAGAAUCCAACCAAAAGCAAGCGUGCUGAAGGAAUAUGCACAAGGCUGACAAACAAGCAAAAGCAGAGCAGGCGCAGACAGGCAAGAGUAAAGCGAAAGCGAAAGCAAACCUGGAAGAGGCAGGAGCAGCAGCAGCAGCAGCAGCAGCAGCUGAUGCAGGGCAGCAGCUGAUACAGGAGCAGGACCAGACUCAGGAGCUAGAAUCACCAAAGGCCAAGGCACGUUCACGUUUCUCCGCCGCCUUUCGCAGCCUCAAGACCAAGAAGCAGGAGAAGGAGCAGCCGAAGCCCAGCAGCGCUGAGCAGCUAACGGCCAUAAGCAGCGGCGAGGGCGAGGACCUGACCAGCCUGGGCGAGCUUAGUCUGGACAGCGAACUGAAAGCCAGCCAGAAGAAGAAGAGUCUAACGCGGCGCCUGCUGCUGGGCAGCCUGAAGCCCAAGACGAAGGAGCGACCGCACAGCCUGGCGACGAGCGAUGAGCUAAGCCUGAAGAGCAGCAGCAGCAGCAGGGAAAGAGCAUUGGGAACGGGACUGGGAUCGAGCAAUACAUUAAAGAUAACCAUAAGUGGCAAGAAAGUUGAGACGGUGGAAGGCAAAGCCAAAGGCAAAGGCAAAGGCAAAAGCGAAACGGAUUACCUGACACCGAUACCGAUACCGAUACCGACACCGACGGCAAUAGAAGAAGCAACAGCCGCAACGGCCGCAACGGCAAAGCCAACAACAGCGACGACAAAAGAGACAACUAAGCUAAUUGUGGCCAAGGUGGUGCCCAAAGAGCAGCCCAAGCAGAAGAAACAAACGAAGCAGCAGCUGAGAGCAACGCCUCAGACUGAGGAGAAAAUCGUUAUCACAGAGAGCAGACGAGAUACGCCGCCGCGCGAACGAGCACCGGCAAAGCCGAGUCGUGCGUCGAGCCAUCAGUCAGCGAACAGCGCUGGUGACCAGCACAAGUCCAGCGGUGCUAGCAAAGCCCUAAGCCUGCCCAGCCGUGAGAAGCGUGCAUUGAUGCAACAGCAGCCGCAGCAGCAGCAGCAGCAACGUGGACAUCGUUUGAAUAAAGGCAGCAAUACGGCAGCUCUGGAGAAACAGGCGCUAGUGACGCCGCCCAGCUCGGAGUUACAGCCAGCGCCGGCUCCCGCCAGUUCUAAGCUCGAAUUGAGGCCACCUUCGCCACCCACCUCGUCCACCCUGGUCCUGGUCAGCCUGGCGGAGUCGUCGGACGCCGUUUCAUUAGCGGAAUCGGCACAGGCAUCAGUCGCGCCUGUCGUGCGCUUCGCCGUUGGCAGCGCUGUACGCGGCCCAGACGCCUAUGAGGCAGCUCUAGCCGCCGCAGCCAAUCAGCAGCCCAGCUCCAGCGAGGAGCCCAGCGACUCCAGCCUCAGACGCUUGAGCUUCAAGCAGCAAUUGGCACUGUCCGACCACGACAGCAUCGAAGGCAGGCGAGAGACUGUGCGCUAUCAGUCCGUGGCCAGCGAAUACGGCGAGGAGGAUCAGGAUACGGGUGACGAGCAGGAGGAGGACGACAAGCUGCAGCUGGACAAAGACUCCAAGCUCAUGCCGGCCUUUGGCAAUUUGACUAUGGACCAGGAAAUGGAACCGACCAUAAUGUCGCCCAGCGGCGAGAAACGCGAACAUCUCUACAAGAUCCUGGUGAUCGGGGAGCUGGGCACGGGCAAAACCUCGUUCAUCAAGCGCUAUGUGCAUCAGUUCUUCAGCCAAAACUAUCGAGCGACAAUCGGCGUGGAUUUUGCUUUGAAGGUGCUGCACUGGGAUGCCAACACGAUAGUGCGCCUGCAGCUCUGGGAUAUCGCCGGACAGGAGCGAUUUGGCAAUAUGACGCGGGUCUACUAUAAGGAAGCGGUGGGCGCUUUCAUUGUCUUCGAUGUGACGCGCAGUGGAACCUUCGACUGCGUCAGCAAGUGGAAAGAGGAUCUCGACUCGAAGGUCCAACUACCCGACGGCAGUCCCAUACCCUGCAUAUUGCUUGCCAACAAGUGCGAUCAGGAGAAGCAGGGCAUUGUGACGCAGCCGGAGCGCAUGGAUGAGUAUGUGAGGGAAAAUGGUUUCGCUGGCUGGUUUGAGACCUCGGCCAAGGAGAACAUCAACAUCGACGAAGCCGCACGUGCCUUGGUGAACAAAAUACUCAUCAAUGACAAACUGAUAACUGCCGAUGCGAAUGAUGCGGAUAAAUUCAAUUUGAGUGCAGCCGAUGCGAGCGCAGAGACCAAGAACAGAUGCUCCUGCUGACCAGUUGCUGCGUUCACACAGAUGCAUUCCAACAAUCAAAUUGGGCUUUAAACAUACACACACACCCACACACACAUCUAUAGCAACAUGAUAAAAAUAACUAUGUUUAGGUUCUUUUGUAAAGUGUGUCUAAGACUUAGCUUCGUAUCAUGUUCAUCCAUCAACUGGUUAUAAAAUCUAAGCUGAAGCAGUGCGUGUCCAUAAAAUUAUUUACAUGACUAAACACACACACCCAGAUACACAUAUAUAUAUAUAUAAACUAGAGCUCAGUUAUGAGAUAAUGCAGCAUCAUUUCUACAUCUGUGUAAAAUACGAAUCGUCGUCCAACUGUUUUUUAUUUUUGUUUGUUUUUUGCUUUUGUUUUGUUAAUGUGAGAGUUUUUAUCUUGAAUUUAUAUAGUAAAUAGGUACACACAGACACACACACACACACACACACAUACAUAAAC